AUGGAGAAGAAUGUUAGCAUAUCAGUUUCUCUUGAGGGGAAUAUCUCGUCUAUUCCCAACUCGAUAGUGAACGAUUCUAAAACGUCAAUGGAAAACGGGGUAGAUACAUCAUUUAUCAACCAUGCUGCUGAAGCAUGGGCUGAGAUGAGAAGACAAUGGGUUGGACAUCAGGCAGAAGUUCCAAGAAAGUCCCCUCGAGAGCCAGUGAUAAGGUUCCUGUCCUUUCAUUUGCCUGAAUCAUAG